UUCCACGCGAUUGCGUACGCUCGCUCACAUUUUAUUUUAACUUCUGAAGAGGAACAAUCCUGUGCUCCUCGUCCACCGUAAGUAUACGCCUCCAAAACCCAACUUUUUUCAACUUCUUAAUCGCCGGCCGUUCGCCGCCGGCAAUGGAUCUCAUCUGGACCUUCAGUUAGACCGUUCGCCGCCGGCAAUGGAUCUCCUCGAGACCUUCAGUUGAUCACAUAGAUAACUGUUGUUUAUUCGAAGGUAAAAAUAAACCCUAAAACUUCUCUUCCAUUACAUGUAUCUGGUUCCGAGCUAGGGUUUGAUAUUUGACUGCUUAUUUCUCGGUUUUGAAGUUCAUUUUGGGUUCAUCGGGUUAACUUCGAAAGUACAGAGAUAUCUUCUGUCUGUUCCUGGUGUUUUUAGGAAUAUUCAUCACACAAUGUCGUUUCACGACAAGGGAUUUUGGAUGGGGAAAGGGAACGGUCAUAUAACCAAUAGGGAAUCCCUAUUUGGUAACUCUUCAAGUGUGGAAUCGAAACGCUCCCACCAAUGGUUCACUGAUGCAACUGAAGCGGAAUUAUUCCCUCACAAAAGGCAAGCCAUAGAAUCUCCAAAUAGCAAAUCCAUAUCGGGAAUUCCAACAUCUCAUCUAUCUUGGGACGUCUCUGCUUUCCAGUCAUCUCCAAACCAGUUUAUGGACCGCUUAUUGGGAUCUCCUGUUGGGAUGGAUAAUGCACAUGUGAAUAAAAAGAUAGUCCAUCAUCAACUUGGGAACGAGUCCUCAGUUGGUUUAUCUAUGUCUUACACAAUUGAGGAUCCUGAGAUUUGUGUGAAUUAUGGAGGUAUUAGAAAAGUUAAAGUUAAUCAGGUUAAGGAUACCGCUAGCAGUGUGAGUGCAUCAAAGGAACACAAUAGUGACAUUUUGUUGAAUCAAGUUUAUAACAGGGAGAAUGACACGAAUUUCAUAACAAUGCGGCCUAACUACGGCAAUGAAGAUGGAAAUGUAACUUUAAUGGGUCAUUCUUACAGUGGAUUCGACCCAACCCUUAGAAAAGAUGAAGAAAAUCCCAUAUCAAUUGAUCAUUCCUUUGAUAAAGGAGAAGUGAGCACCAUAUCUUUUGAAGGUUUUCAGGAUGAAUCUGAGAUCGAUCCAUUGGCCAGGCCAAUGAAUGGCUAUUAUGUCAAAGCCAUGAACAACUAUGGGUUAUCAUUUGAUCGAUCUACAGUCGGGACAUUGCAGUCUCCUGGGAUUAAAGAAUUAGAUGCAUCCAACACGAUUUCCGUUGGAAAUAUGCCUCAGGGAAUCAAAUCAAAGAGCAAAUCGGAACCAAAAGCAACUAAAAAGGAAGCCCCUAAUAGUUUUCCUUCAAAUGUUAGAAGUUUGAUGGCUACUGGUAUAUUUGAUGGGGUCCCUGUGAAAUAUGUUUCACUGUCAAGAGAGGAGCUCCCAGGAAUUAUAAAAGGUUCCGGCUACUUGUGUGGCUGCCAAUCAUGUAAUAUCUCUAAGGCACUGAAUGCUUAUGAGUUUGAACGUCAUGCUGGUUGCAAAACAAAGCACCCAAAUAAUCACAUAUACUUUGAGAGCGGGAAGACAAUAUAUCAGAUAGUUCAAGAGUUAAGAAACACACCCGAGAGUUUAUUGUUUGAUGCAAUUCAGACUGUGACUGGUUCCCCCAUCAAUCAGAAAGCAUUUCGUAGCUGGAAAGAAUCUUUCCAAGCAGCGACUCGUGAACUUCAACGUAUUUAUGGGAAGGAUGAACUGAAUAUAUAGGUUUCGGAUCAAUAUUAUAUAUCAUGGAGAUGUAUAUAUGUUAAGUGAAGUUUGAUAAGCAGCAUAUGUACAUGAAUUAUGUGUAGAUUCUUUAAAAAGUUAUGGGAUUUGAUAUCAAAGUUAUUCGAUAUCUGGAAAGACAAUACAUGCAAAGGGGAUUGUUAGUUGUGAUGCUAUAAUCAAUUGAGGAAAUCCAGUUUUUGAUUUUUAUGAA